UUAUCAACAACAUUGGCAAUGAACAAGAACACGUGGACGCCGAGCGAGCUUGCCCUUCUCCAGACCGUCCAACCGAGCCUCACGACGUGGAAGGCGGCAGCGGCUGCUUUUCCCGGCCACAGCCCCGAAGACUGCCGCCAAAAGUGGCUCUCCGAGUUCAGCGUGCCGGCCAAGAACAAGGGCGCGUGGUCGGCAGACGAAGACGACCGGCUCCGUGGCGCCAUGCAAAUCACUACCAAGUGGCUCAAGGUCGCAAAGAUUGUCAAGACCCGCUGCUCUCGCCAAUGCCAGAGCCGCUGGGUACGCAUGGGCAAGGAAGACGGCACGCCCACCCGCGCCGUCCACGAGCAGGCGACGACCGAGCUGCCUAUGGACCUUCUCACCUUUGACGACUGCGACUUUACGAGCAUGGUUCAAUUAACGCCGCCGACCGAGGCCGAAGACGUUGAACAGCACUGGAUCGACUGGAUGCCCGUGCCGGAGUCCGACUGCUUCAACAGCGUCGCCUCGGACGUAGCGCUGAUGGAUCAAGUCAUGGUGCGCGCGCCGGUCGCGACGGCACAGAUUUGGCCGCUGGAGCCUGCGUGUGUGGAGCUCCAGGUGCCAGUGAGCUCUGCCGACAUUGCCUCGAACGUGGAUUUUUGGCCCGACAUGAGCGUCGUUGUCCAAGUCUGAGCUCAGUUUCCCCUAUUUAAUUCGUGUAAGCAUCUGCCUCUAAAAUGUUCUACUAGUACAGUGCACGCCACCUGUACCCUACCAGCUAAAUGGGGUCCAAAACUUUUGUAUCCCAGCUGUGAAAACAUAAUGUUUUAGGAAAAGGACGUUAUAGAUCGACUGUUCAGUCCAAGGGGAAGCGAUGUAUAAGAUCGGAUUGCAAUAAAUCGAAAAAAUGAGCAA